CCGGUUGGAUUUGGUCUAAUAUGCUUGAAUUUGGAGGUUCUGCCGCCAAGAACUUUGGUCCUUGUGAGGAGGAUGUUUCGUCGCCUUGAUACCGUUCCUGUGAUUAUUGCCAUCGAUUUGCUUUGUAGCAAUCAGGAUUUGAUUAAUUAUCUGUUAAUCCCUAAAACGUUCGCCUUCGGCAUUUCCGCCAUGGUUGUCGUGUUCGGCUUCACUGUCCUCCUGUCGCUUUCUUUUUCCUCGAGAAAAACUGGGAUGAGAUGCAGUCAUGUAAGUUAGCUAAUUUUCUCGGAAGCAUUCUAAACUUUGAGAGAGCGCCACUGUGGUUUUGAGUGAUACCGAACCAGGAAUGUCGAGUCUGGUGCAUAAUUUAGGAGAUGGAUUUGAUAUGCAAAUGAUAGGGAAUUUCCUGAGCUUUGCCUCGAGAGGCGAUAGGGUUGGACUGAACGAGAUGCUAAGGGAGGGGAUGUCUCCCAACGUGCAGGACUAUGACAACAGAACUGCACUUCAUCUUGCUGCGAGCGAAGGCCAUGCCUCCAUUGUUGAGCUUCUACUCGCUUACAGUGCAGAUGUUAACCUCAGGGAUCGCUGGCAGAAAACUCCAUUAGCAGAUGCAAAGCUAUAUCAGCAUAGAGAUAUCUGCAGGAUCCUUGAAGUCAAUGGAGGCCGGGAACUUAUUGAGGACCAUGCCAUGCCACUGCGUCAUGAAGAUGAACCUCAGGAGAAUAUCGAUAUCUCUGAACUGAUUGUGCAGCAGUCAACCAGAAUUCAGCAGGGCCUAUUUGGUGGAUCUGAAAAGGUCAAGUGGCGUGGAACUUGGGUGGUCAAAACAAUCAUCUCUCAACACAUCUAUCAUCCUGAGAAAAUGGUGUUGACAGCCAAAGAUAAUACUCUUCUGAAGGAACUUCGGCAUCCAAAUAUUUUGCAGUUUCUUGGGUCAAUAGUGCAUGGCAAAGAAAUGAUUUUGAUUACAGAAUAUUUGCCAAAGGGAAACUUGGACGAUAUUUUGGCAAAAAAGGGCCGGCUGGAACCUUUAACAUGUCUACGUUAUGCGCUUGAUAUUGCCAGGGGAAUGAAUUAUCUUCACAAGCACAAGCCUAGGCCAAUCGUUCACAAUAACUUGACUCUCCGGAACUUGCUUCUCGAUGAAGGAGACCGCCUGAAAAUUGGGGAAUACUGGGUUCAAAUGUUGUACGUGCAUAUACAACCGAAUCAAGAUAAGAGCCAGUCAAGUGAUGAAUCCAGCAACCCCGAAACUUCGUAUGACACCAAGAAAGACAUUCGUGCUUUUGGCCUUAUAUUUUAUCAGAUGCUGGAGGGCAAGUAUACCUCCAACAUGGACUCUAACUACUUACAUCUCAAGUCAAUCGAGUUUGAGAAAAAGUUUAAUGUUAGCCGGUGUCCGGGGAGAAUCCUCGAGUUGAUAGAGCAGUGUACUGGCAAAGACAAUAGCAGAAGGCCAGAAUUUGAUCGAGUGAUAAUUAUUCUGGAGGAAGUCAUGCACCAGCUAAAGAAAGAUGGAUGUCCUGUUUGUUGAUUCAUCGUGUUUGCGGCAAUUCGGUUAGUUACUUAUUUAUUUAUUUAACUACUACGUUAAUUGCAGAAUAAAUCUUGAUUUCUAUUAGAUACCAAAGAAACAUGUUAUGGAAAAAUCAAUAGUAACUUCAAGACAUAUACAACAUAAAUUCAUUAGUUGAAUGCAACCAUUAUUGUGUUGUAAUUU